CGGGGCGGAGCGGGGCUGGCCCGGCCCGGCCCUCCGCUCCCGGCACAGCGACCGGGCCAGCCCGACACAGCCCGGGCAGCGGGGCCGCCGCCAGCCCGUCCUGCCCAGCCCGGUCCGACCCGGCCCAGGCUCUGCUCAGGCCUCAGGAAUGUCUUCGGAGCCCAGCUCCUCCUCCUCCUCGCAGCCGUGCCCCGGCUCUGCCGCGCCGCCCAGCUCGCUGCACCUGCCCGAGAGCCGGCGGCCGCGGGAGCGCUCGCCGUCCCCGCUGCGGGGCUACCUGAUCCCCAGCCCGCUGCCCACCCGCCGCACCAGGACCUUCUCGGCCACGGUGAGAGCCUCGGAGGGGCCCAUCUACAAAGGGGUCUGCAAGUGCUUCUGCCGCUCCAAGGGCCACGGCUUCAUCACCCCUGCGGACGGAGGGCCCGACAUCUUCGUGCACAUCUCAGACAUUGAAGGCGAGUACGUUCCCGUGGCAGGCGACGAGGUCACCUACAAGAUGUGCACCAUCCCUCCCAAGAACGAGAAGCUGCAGGCAGUGGAGGUGGUGAUCACCCACCUGGCCCCUGGCACCAAGCACGAGACGUGGUCAGGACACGUCAUCAGCUCCUGAGGUGUCCCCUGGAGCGUGGCUGCUGCCAGGUGGGCUCUGCUCUGCAACUGGCUGCAGGACCUGGCUGAAGAAUUCUGUGUGUGAGGAAAUACUGCAUUGUCAAUAAAGCAGAUGCAGGCCAAAAUUACCAUUUUUUACAGCUGGCCUGAUUAAAAAAAAAAAAAGGCAAUUCAAAUGCUAAUGAAAAAAAAAAUCUAGCGUAAUGUGUUUACAAGAAAUGUAUUUAAAGAGACCUAGUUUGUGUGCUUGGUGGAGGAGGGGAGCUUUGGGUUUUCUUUUGUCUUGUGAACUGAUUCCAGCAAAUGCCCAGGGGAAGGGGGGAGAGGUUUCAAGGAGAGCUCUUCUAGUGCAGGUGGUCCAGCCCAGCUGUGAACCCUGAGCUCCCUUGGGCUGCUUUUCAGGGCUGCAGUACCUUUAUUGCUGAUUUAGUGCCUGAAUGCCCUGGCUGACAGACAGAGGUGUUCAUUGCUGAUUUGUUUUCCUCAUGGAAGGAAGUUCACAAACAGAGCAGCUGCCACAGGGUGGAAAAUCUCCAUCAGGUGGUUGUGCUCCAGUGCCCAUCAGGUGCACCCCUGCAAAUGGUGUGGCUGCACAGGUGUGGAAAUUGUGUUGUACUGGUAAAGCUGGGGUUGUUUGUGACUUUAUUUAGGUGCCUUGAUGGUUGAUUAGCAACAGAUUUUAUAGGCCAGUAUUAAAAAAAAAAAUCCAUCCCAAAUUUAAAUCUGCUCCAAGGUAAGUGGUAGAAAACCAUAGAGUAGUGGAUACUUUAUAGCCUGUGAGGGUGUCUGAAUUUUGACCAGGCUCAAGAUUUGCCUUCCAGACUGCAUGCAGCUGACUGGCAUGGUGUGCCAGGGGCAGGCAGGACACCUGCACUGCUGCACAGCAGGUGUGUGCUGCCCACGUGUGUUAAACAAACACUGUGUGAGUUCUCAGCAGGCUCAGCUGUCUUGGUGAAGUAAAUUCUGCAUCUGUUUCCCUGGCAAACUCCCUUGGUAGGAUGUGAUAGGGCCACCCUUCCCCAGACUUUUGUGUAGUUGUAGUGCUACUAAAUUGGUUUUGUUCCUAUUUGCCUUCCACGUAUUUUUUUUUUAAUGAAGCAUUUUUCUCUGUAAUUUUCCUAACAGUGGAUUUUUAUUGACUUUGCAAAUAAAAAGGUAAAAAAAAGGCAAACUCUUGUUAGUUGUAUGAAACAGUGUAGCUUCAGUUGUGUAUUUGGAGCUUCACCAAGAGGUGCUGGCUGUCAGGAGCUGUCCUGAGCCUUUCACAGCACCUGAUCUGUUCCCAGCUGUGAUGUGGGCUCAGGAACUGCUGUGCUGGCCUAUUUUCCCUUAGCUGUGCCUGUGUUGCACCGUGGUGUAGUGGCGUUUGGUUUUGUUUUUUAUGACCCAUAAGCCUUGGUAGUGGUGAGUUUAUCACUGUGCAGCUUGUUGGAAUAUCAUCCCCUGCUUUCUUUACAAUAAAUGCAACCAUUUCAGUGCUUCCAUGUGUUUCCAGUCUGCUCCCUGGGUAGCUGGUGCUGAAGAGGAUCAGCUUUAAAGAGGAAAAUGCAGGUGCCUGCACAGGCACCCCUGUGUGGUGACUUCAGUUUCAUUUAAGGAAAUGUUUUCACAGCCACUGACUGCACUUACCAGAACAAUUAGGGAAUAACAAGGCCAGCACCUGUCAGUGGAGGCUCCCAGGCCAGAGCAGCCAGAAAUGUUGUGUUUGGGGCUGAAAACAAUCAAAGCAGCAGUUCUUAAACUGUUGUCCUUAAAGAGCAUUCCUACACUAGGGAUGGUCCUGGUCCCAAGUCAGCUCCCAUUGAAACAGGAAUUAGUUAGGGAAGAAAUGUGCUGGGAGACCAAACAGUUUUGGUGCAUGAGAUGCACUGCACUCCCCCUCUGGCUUUGCAAGCCCUUUUGGGGAUUUUAGGGUGGUACCAAGAUUCUGUUCUCUGCUUUUUUACUGUGCAAGUAUCCCAUGAACCUAGAACUGAAAAAAAUUCAAAUUAUUAAUUUUUUGGUACAGACAGGCAGCAUGCAACAGGUCUGCUUCAAGUAUUUUAUUUUCCAUAAUAACAAAUCAAAACAGGAUAUUUUAAUGAUAAAAUCAGAUUUUAUUCUCCUUUACUAAAUCAAACCGUUUAUACUCAAGAUUACUUUCCUAAUGGCAGAUGAGAAAAGUAAUAUUAACAGUUACACAGAGUGUCAGGCAUUGACUUGAAUUUUAACAGAAACAUAGUUGAGGUUAUUUUUGUAGUAUGAAAAAUCUCACCUACCCUUAAUGCCUUAAACAGGAAUCUCAGAAAAUUAUCAGAAAGUGGCAGAAAUGUAUUCUGCU